UGCGAUGGAUUGUUGGUGUUGCUGUUUGUUGUUGGUGUUGCUGUUUGUUGGUGUUGCUGUUUGUUGGUGUUGCUGAUUGUUGGUGUUGCUGUUUGUUGGUGUUGCUGUUUGGCUUCGAGUUUUUAGACUAGUGUCACCGUGGCCGUGCCGAAUUGCAUGAUUACCAGUGAACGCAGUACAUGUAUAAGUAAAUGACGAUGACAGUAGUUUUAGCACAGAAUGCCAUUGUACUCCUUCAUGUAGUGUCGCUCCUGUGAUCGUGAGCUAGGACUUUCUGAAAAGAUUGAUCGAUGUACCAUCCGUUUCCUCCCUCGUCCGAAAUCACCCAGAACUGAAGUGCUGAUCACCCGAACCUGAAUUAGCAUUGCCUCUUUACAGCGGUGGCAGGUAUGUGGUUGGAGCUCACUCUCUUCAUCCUGACAGUAGUACUGGGAUUAGCAGCCGUCGAGCAAUGGUCUUUUUACCGGAAAAGGGCCUGGCUGCCCGGCCCUGCGUCAGCACCACCUUUCAUUGGCUAUAUCGUGGACAUGGUGAAACGCCCUUUCGACUUUUAUGAGGAGCAGCGACGAUAUGGCAAUAUGUCAUGGACAUCGAUCCUCGGAAGGUUCUUCCUCUUCGUCAACGAUGGAGAGACCAUGCGCAAGGUCUUCAAUAACAUGGGGGAUGCGUUUCGCCUUCAGUUGACACUCAGCGCUCCCAUCAUGCUCGGCAAGGAUAAGAACAUAGCGUACAUGAAUGGUCCAGCGCACAAGGCCCUGCGGAAGAUGCUGCUGCCGUUGUUCACUCGCAGUGCCCUGGGUGUGUAUCUGUCCAUCCAAGAGGCGACCAUUCUGGAGCACCUUGAUCACUGGAUCCGCAGUCGGGGCAGCGUUGACACCUUUGUAGAGAUGAGGCCACGUAUUCGUGAUAUGAAUGUUCACACUUCGUACAAGGUAUUUGUUGGGCCAUACAUAAAAGAUGACGCUAUGAUGGAAAACAUGUCUCAGCUAUACUUCAAGCUGAAUGAAGGUUUCUUAGCUCUUCCUAUCUCUCUUCCUGGAACCACCCUGUGGUAUGCAGUGAAAGCAAGAGAACAGUUGAUUGACAUUUUGAAGACAAUGGUGGCCGCAUCUCGCGAUCACAUUGCCAACGAUGGCGAUGUACGCUGCCUGUUGGAUGUUUGGAUGAGGGCAGUGAAGGUGGCUGAUGUGAUGGAUGAAGGAGAAGAGGCAGCAGAGAUCACAGCUAAACACAACACCGAAGAGGAAAUUGCCUAUCACUUACUGGAUUUUCUCUUUGCCAGCCAGGAUGCAUCAACAUCAUCACUUGUGUGGAUGGUUCAACUGCUUCAUGACCAUCCAGAUGUGCGUGAGAAGAUGGUAGAGGAACAGCGCAUUGUUCGUCCCAACAAUGAGCCACUCAGUACAGAGAACAUUGAGACUAUGACCUAUGCGAAUCAGGUAUGUCUUGCUAUGACCUAUGCGAAUCAGGUGGUGCGGGAGGUGCUGAGAUACCGACCCCCUGUGACCAUGGUACCACAUGUUGCUGUGAAAGAUUGCCAGCUGACAAGUGACUACAAGGUGAAAAAGGGCACCAUUGUCAUACCCUACCUCUGGGCACCGCAGCAUGAAGACUUUGAGGAAGGAACAUCAUUCAGGCCGGAUCGCUGGAGUCCUGAGAAGCGCACGGAGGCACACGGCAAGAGCUUCCUCGUGUUUGGUCACGGCCCACAUGUCUGUCUUGGUCAACGCUAUGCUAUGAACCAUCUGGUAGCAUUCGCAGCACUGCUAGUGACACGGACAAAGUGGACGCGGAAGGUGACAGAGAGUGGAGACAAGAUCAUUUACCUCCCUACCAUCUACCCGGCUGAUGGCUGCAUGGUCAAUGUCCAGCCAGCGUAAUGCAGUGGUAUGAUGUCAUCAAUGAUGUCAUUGGCAAUGUACAUGUAGCUAGCUGCAUGGCCAGUAGUAUACACUAAGCAUGAAUCAUACUUACGUACGGUGGAGUCACUUAGCUUGUUGGUGGUUCACUCCCAUGCAACAUACAAGUAGUCUUGUGCUAAAUUGUGAAGCCUGCAAAAUGUGCAAUGCAAUUAUCAGUCUUUGCAAAGGUUUACUCAAACCAGCCUAACUUACUCAAUAGCUCUGUUUCUUGCAACUUACUCAAUAGCUCUGUUUCUUGUUGAUGCAUUUAGCAAUUGUACCUGGCUGCGCUGGAGUACCUGUAACAGUUACAUGACAGGCGGCUAUGGUUUUGUUCCACCCGCAGUCACCUAGACUGAGAAAGAAUCUCAAGCUGAUAGAUAUACUAUUGAUUGUGCAGCAUUCAAUGACCCCAUUCGUUUUAGUCUUGGCCCGUAUGCUUGAUCUGAUUGUUUGAGGAACUAAAAGGAUUUCCCUUUAGACCAAUCAUCUUAGUGAUGUUCCUAAACAUUAUUCGAAAUUUCA